CGAUACUUCAGCUCCUCGAGGACAUCACCACCCAGCUCUCCUCGUCCUCGUAUCACAAAGAGAGAAAGAAGUAGGUGAGGCAGAGCAGCUAUGGCAGGAUCAUCUGAGGGAGUAGGAGACAAGGAACUGCCGCCGAUCCUGGAACAAAGGUGCAUCCUGCAGAGCGAGGCACUUUCCCAGUACAUUAUGGAGACCAGUGUGUACCCUCGUGAGCCCGAGGCAUUGAGGGAGCUCCGGCAAAUGACAGCCACAGACCUCAGGAACGUCAUGGCAACGGGUCCAGAUGAAAUGCAAUUCUUGAGCAUGCUAUUGAAGCUGAUGAAUGCCAAGAAGACGCUGGAGAUCGGCGUGUUCACCGGCUACUCCCUCCUCGCCACCGCCCUCAGCCUCCCCCACGAUGGCGAGAUCAUAGCCAUCGACACUAAUCGUAAGAACUUUGAGCUCGGACUCCCCUUCUUCGAGAAGGCCGGGGUGGCACACAAGGUCGACUUCCGCGAGGGCCUUGCUCUACCCAUCCUCAAUGAACUAACGAAGGAGGAGAAAUACAAGGGAUGGUUCGACUUUGUGUUUGUGGACGCAGACAAGAGCAACUAUAUGAACUACCAUGAGAGGGUGGUGGAAAUGGUAAGGGUGGGGGGCAUCAUCGGGUACGACAACACGCUCUGGAAUGGCUCGGUGGUGGCGGAGGCAAUGGCGGAGCGACCAUUCCCCUGGUACAUCAUGGAGAGCCGGGAUGCCAUCUUGGAAUUCAAUGCGUACCUCGCUGCCGACUCGCGGGUGGAGAUCUGCCACCUCUCCAUCGCCGACGGCCUCACUCUUUGUCGCCGUCUUCGUUGAUGUCCUUCAUGGCUAUCGUGAUUGAAGCAGCCUCUCAUGAAUAAAUUGUACUUGUACAAGGACAAGGAAUAAGGCUGCUGCUGAGCUUGAUUGCAGAUCCAUUUACAUCCAUUCAAACAA